UGGUCUUCCUCUCCGUCAGUCUCGUUUAUCUUCGCUUAAGCCUGUGACCUGCAGGUCCUGGGAGAUUCGUAGGAAGGACGUCGGAACCUUUGGAAGGCCGGAGAGAGAUGUGGGACAGACGUGGAUUGAGAUCAAGAGACACAUUACUGUUCUUGAGGGGAAAAGGCAGAAAUUAUUCCUGUCCUCUGGAUUAUCUUGCACUUGUAAAAAAGGAAAACUGUCCCAAAGGACAAGGUAAGCCCACCUCAAGGAGAUGAUGGAAGAAUCCACAAAUCAAAGAGAACCUCAGGCAAACAGGAGAGCAAGUAAGGGGGCUCCCACGAGGGAGGGGCUGUUGACAUUCAAGGAUGUGGCCAUAGAAUUCUCUCCAGAGGAGUGGGAAUGCCUGGACGCCCCUCAGCGAAUAUUGUACAAGAACGUAAUGUUAGAGAACCACAGAAAUCUGGUUUUUCUCGGACUUGCUGUUUCUAAGCCAGACCUGAUCAAGUGUCUGGAGCAGAAGAAAAAGCCCUGGGUUGUGAAAAGACACAGCACAUUAGCCAAACCUCCAACUGUGACUUCUCAUUGCACUGAGAGCAUUUUGCCAGAGAAGAUCAUAGAAGACAUAUUUACAAAGAUGCCAUUGGAAAGACAUGAAAGAUUUGGCCUUAAGAACUUACACUUAAAAAAUUCUUGGGAAAGCCUGCAUGAGGGGGAAGGGCAGAUAGGAUGUUCUAUUGUAAAUAACCAUUACAAAUGUAACAAGUGUGGGAAAGUCUUUCAACAACACUCCAAAUUAGUUAUCCACCAGAGUAUCCAUAUAUCUGAAAUGUCUUCCAAACUUGAAUAUGGCAAAAUGUUUAACCAGUCCUCAAAAUGUAGUAAACAUAAAAGAAUUAGUGAAGGAAAUGUACACAAUAUAGGUGGGACAGUGUUUAGAAAAUCAUCUUAUCUAAAUAGACAUGAAAGAAUCCAUAGUGGAGAAAGAACCUUCAAAAGUAAAAAAAGCAACAAAGUCCUUAGCUAUUACUCAUGCCAUUCCAAACAUUGGAAAACUCUUACUGGAGAGAAUCUCUAUAAAUGUGAAGAAUGUCAUAAAGACUUUACUUGGUAUUCACAUCUUAUUCACCAUCAGAGAAUCCAUACUGCACAUGAACCCUGCAAAUGUCAAGUCUGUGACAAAGCAUUUCUACAGUACUCACAUCUUAUUCAACAUCAAAGAUACCAUACUGGAGAGAAACCCUACAAAUGUGAUGAAUGUGGCAAAGCCUUUCACUCUCGUUCAGACCUUACUCGACAUACUAUGAUCCAUACUGGAAAGAAACCCUACAAAUGUGAAGAAUGUGGCAAAGCCUUUCGUUGGCAUUCAGGUCUUGUUCGACAUCAGAGUGUACAUACUGGAGAGAAACCCAACAAAUGUGAAGAAUGUGGCAAAGCCUUUCACUGGCACUCAGGCCUUAUUCAACAUCAGAGUGUACAUACUGUAGAGAAACCCUACAAAUGUGAAGAAUGUGGGAAAGCCUUUCGCUCUCCCAAAGAAUUUGCUGGACACAUGACCAUUCAUACUGAAGAGAAACCCUACAAAUGUGAAGAAUGUGGCAAAGCCUUUCAUUGGUACUCAAAGUUAGUUCAACAUCAGAGAAUCCAUACUGGAGAGAAACCCUACAAAUGUGAAGAAUGUAGCAAAGCUUUUACUCGGUACUCAAGUCUUAUUGAACAUCAGAGAAUUCAUAGUGGAGAGAAACCCUAUAAAUGUGAAGAAUGUGGUAAAGCUUUUCGCUCUCAUAAAGGAUUUACUGGACAUAAGACCAUUCAUACUGGAGAGAUACCCUACAAGUGUGAAGAAUGUGGCAAAGCCUUUCACUCUUAUAAAGGAUUUACUAUACAUAUGAGGAUCCAUACUGGAGAGAAACCCUAUAAGUGUGAGGAAUGUGGCAAAGCCUUCCACUCUCUUAAAAGAUUUGUUGGACAUAAGACCAUUCAUACUGGAGAGAAACCCUACAAAUGUCAAGAAUGUGGCAAAGCCUUUCGCUCUCACAAUGGAUUUGCUAUACAUAUGUGGAUCCAUAGUGGAGAGAAAUCCUACAAAUGUGAAGAAUGUGACAAAGCCUUUAACUCUCAAAGUAUUUGCUGA